AGUUUUUACAUGAACCUGGCUGGAACUGAGUUUCCUCUUGUUAAUAACAGGGAUAUGGUGAAAGCGAUGAUUGAAAGUCCUUUUGAACUUGUUGGGUCUAUUCCUACGGAUCCUAAAUUCUACUACAGACAUGAGUUUACUCAGUACCUUUCCCUUGAAAAGGAACUCAUCUAUAAAGGACCGAUGUCUACAGGAAUAAGAAAGCAGCCUUUGCCCUACGGAUUAACUGUUUAUAAGGGAAGUAAAAAUAUGGCAGUUUCAAGAAGUUUUGUUGAUUUUAUAAUAAACAGUGAACUAUCUAAACAACUAAAGAUUUGGUUCCUGGAUACCUGGGCCCCUGAUGAACACUAUAUUCCAACCCUUGUUAGAACUUCAGUAGAUUUCCACAAUCAUGUCCUACAGGAUCAUGAUUUGUCUAAGUUUCGAGCUAAGGAAGGUGUAAUAGCUCCUGAGCUUGUGAUUAGAUAUACCAUAUUCGAGGAAGCUGCACCUGAUGGGUGGAUUUGUGGGGGACGGUGGCAGCGCUGGUUGUGUGUUUUUGGAUUUUUAAAUAUCCCUGAACUAUACGCAAACCAUCAGAAUCAUAUGAUUGCAAACAAAUUUGAUAUUUCUAUGGAUCCCAUUGCUAUACAGUGUUUGGAAGAAAAGCUAGUGAACGCGACAAAAAAGUUAACAAUAAGAAAUCAAAGAAGCAAAGAUAAAAACUUAUAAAACUUAUUAACACUAUCGAUGAAAAUUUUAGUCUGUUCGAUUUUGAUUCACACAAACUUCGUUAAAAAGCUUAAACUUAUUUUCCAGAAAUAUAGUAUUUCUUGCAUCUAUAUAAAUACUUUGCUUGUUCGUCAUUCUGUUUGUUUUUAGCCAAUAAACGUCAAAGCGACUACGUACCCA